AUGUCGGAUCGCUUUGAUAGCUUCCCCUUCAUCAGCUUGCUGAGUGGCUGGGGCGUCGUGAGUGGCCCUGGAUUAUUCAUGCUCCGCAGCUUGGUAUCCGGCCUCUCGACCGCUACCGUCGCCGGCGUCUCAAGCGGCAUGGUAGGCAGCAUGAUCUGGGGAACAGCAGGCCUACCCUUUCUCAUCGGUUCAUCUCUCGGCUUCGCAUUCGGUAGCUACCGAUGGUACGAAGUCGCGACCAGAGAAGCCAUGGUUCAACUGGAGCUCUACCCUGCGCUGUUGCAGAUGCACAUCACCUCCAACUUUCCCUGGGUGUCGGGUCUGCAUAGUCAGAAACGGGAUUGGUACACGGCUGAGACGUUUCGCAGAUCGUGGGUUAUGAAGAGCAUGUUGGUGGUUGGCUGGCUUUCGGCUGAGUCGUCAUUGCAUGAGAUUCGUGAGAGGAGGGAGGCGAGAUUGGUUGAGGAGUACGUCGCUGCUGAAGAAGAGUCAGAGUGA